UCGCAGCGAAGACCCAGAUCAGUCCGUGAUCGGUGUGUUCUUGGUGCGUUACUAUUCACGCGCUCUUGCACGUCGGAGUUCAUCCCCCCUCGGUUCUCGCGUCAUCCGGACUCUGUCGCGUCACCAUGGCGGACUUGGACGACUUUUUUGCUAAAAAGGAUCGUAAGAAGGCCAAGGGCAAGAAGUUCGCCACGACCGACGAUGUCGCCAAGAAGCUGGAGGAGACGGGCAAGCGAAUCGAGAAGCCCAAGCCGAAGGAGAAGCCAGUGAAUCCCGAGGGCGAGGAGUCUCAGCACACCGAGGAUGAGGACGAGUGGAAAGAAUUUGAGGAGGAAAAAAAGGAUUAUAGUGGUCUAAAGAUUGGGCAUUUGACAGUAAAUGACAGCAUAGAUGCAGAGUCGGAUGACGAAAGGGGCACUGGUGAAAACAGUUCUGAUGGGGAAUCUGGUGAGGGUGGCACAAAACAUACAGGACCCUGGAAGAAACCAGAUCUACCACCGGAAGCUCCAGAAGUAACAGUAGCACCACCAGCACCACCCACAGUAGUAUCCACAGGAAGUAGUUACAAAGCACCACAUUUAAGAAAUCAAUCUACGUUUACUAGUCCACGACCACGAGGAAGGAAUAUCGCACCUGAUAUACAUAGUGAAGAAUACUUUCCCACUCUGAAUUCCAAACCCCAGCAA